AUGACCCAGUGUAUCGAUAUCAAGGACAACGACGGCUAUGACUUGGAGAACUUCGUUCUUCCCACGCACUAUGCCCGGGACCUAGAGCGUGUGUUGAUCCCGUAUGGCCUCAUCCGCGACCGCAUCGAGAAACUCGCCGCUGAUAUAGCCGCCGACUGUACCAACCCCGUCGUGGCCUGCUGUGUGCUGAAGGGCGCACAUGGGUUCUUUGCGCAUCUGAUGGAAUCACUGAAGAAGCAGAAAGAUCGCAAGGCUGAGUCUAUCCCCCUCAGCUUCGAAUUCAUCAAAGUAAAAAGCUACGAAAACACUGAAUCGACCGGCAACGUCUACAUCUCCCUCUCCGAGGAGGACAUGAAGUCCUUCAAGGGUAAAGACCUCCUCAUCUGCGAGGAUAUCAUCGACACGGGGCGGACGAUGGUCGCGUUGAUUGAGAAGCUGAAGAAGUAUGAGCCCGCUAGCAUUCGGGUCGUGAGUUUGUUGUUGAAGAAGACGCCGAGGAGUAAUCAAUAUGUGCCCGAGUAUGUCGGAUUCGCUAUCCCGGAUCUGUUCGUCGUUGGAUACUGCCUCGACUACAACGAACACUUCCGCGACCUCGACCACAUCGCUGUCAUCAGCGAGCACGGAAAGCAGGCGUACGCUGUAUAG